AUGGCAAUAACGCUGGCCCGGCUGGCCCGAACUACAAACGCCUUAAAAGGCUGGCAUUAUGGCUUCCAGAGUCGACUGGCCUGCAACCAUCCAAGCACGGCCACCCUGCUUCGAACCCUGCGGGAUGAGGAGGACACGGGACGCGCAGAGCUGGACAAGCUUAUCCGUGGCCUGGAGCCAGGGCGGCGACGCCAGUGCCGAGCUCUGGUGGAUUCUGGCUGCACAGAGAACCUGGUUUACAAGUCUGUGUGUGAGGCGUGGCGGCCUCAGAGAACAGCGGUAACGUCGAUGAGUGGAGACCCGUUUUUCUCCAGUGGGGUUGGAACUGUGCAGCUGAGAACGUGUUCCGGGCAGUCGGCGAAUGUUUCUGUGCUGGUUCUUGAUGACAAACCGAUGGGUGUCGAGAUGGUACUCGGAGUGCCCGCCAUCUCGGCUCUGGGUGGCGUGAUGAUUGCAUCCCCCUCUGAUGUCAAGUUCUGUGGGAAGCCGACUACGCCGCCCACUCCACCAGGCCUUGAAGAUGAAUUGGUGGUGGACACGCCCGAUUUCUCAGUACGGUUUGAUGCCGACCAACGAGCGUGGACGAUGUCGUGGAAGUGGGAAGAUGAAGCUGAGCCAGCCAGUCUAUCCAGCAGUGUGCCUGAGUAUGCAGUGUCAGCAGAAGCCAGGCAGGAAUUUGAAGCCGAACUUCAGACUUGGAUAGACAAUGGAUGGCUAAUUCCAUACGAUCAGUCCGUCUAUGGCCCUCCCCGUGGACUGUUGCCGCUGAUGGCUGUGGAGCAGGGAAGUAAGUGCAAGGUGCGACCCUGUCUGGACUACCGUCAGUUGAACAGCCACGUACCUGCGCACACAGCAGAGGCCGACGUCUGCACAGACACGCUGCGGAGGUGGCGCCGCCACGGUAAGAAUCUCGCCGUGGUGGAUUUGAAGCGAGCUUACCUGCAGAUUCGCACAGACCAGCGCCUCUGGCCAUUUCAGACCGUGAUUGUCGGCGGACGGCGUUAUGCGUUGACGAGGGUCGGGUUCGGAUUGAACGUGGCCCCGCUGAUGAUGAAGAAGGUGGUGCAAGCGGUCCUCAGCCAAGACGCCGAUGUGGAGCGCGCCACAAUACCGUAUGUGGACGACCUGUGUGUCGAUGAGGACAUUGUUACGGCCGAUCGUGUAGUGGAGCACUUCUCUAAGUACGGCCUGGAGUGCAAGCCUCCAGAGAGAGUCCAGGACGGAGCACGGCUGCUGGGCCUGCGGGUUGGAGUCGCAGGAGACGGUGAUCUCCACUGGACUCGGGAUAACGCAGUCGGUGCCCCUCCUGACGUCAUGACACGCCGCGCUGUGUUCUCCUGGUGCGGACGUCUGGUGGCGCACAUGCCAGUGUGCGGCUGGCUGAGGCCGGCGGCGGCCUGGCUGAAACGUCGAGUCAAUGCUGUGACUCACCACUGGGACGAUGUUACCGACGAUCCAGAGCUGCGCGAGCAGAUGAUGUACGUGGCUAAGCGGAUGGUGAAGGAUGAUCCAGCGCGAGGUCACUGGCACGUCAGUGGAGACAGUGCUGUCGUGUGGACGGACGCCUCCUCUGUGGCGGCGGGAAUCGCUCUGGAGACGCAAGAUGGAAACAUCAUCGAAGACGGAUGCUGGCUUCGAAAGGAUGAGACGACUCACAUAAAUAUGGCAGAGCUCGAUGCCGCCCUGCGAGGCAUCAAUCUAGCUAUCGCCUGGGGCAUGCGAGUCAUCGAGCUGAAAACGGACUCGGCCACUGUUCAUCGCUGGCUCGACGAUGCAUUAAGUAGCCGAGCACGUCUCCGCACUAAGGCCCACGGGGAAAUGCUGAUACGGCGCCGAGUCGACAUAGUCAAGCAGUUGGUGGCCGAAUUCAACCUGCAUCUGACAGUGACUCUGGUGAAGUCGGCGGACAACAAAGCGGACUGCCUCAGCCGGGUUCCCGCUCAGUGGCUGCGCGGUCCACUGAACGGAGAGUCCGCUGGGACGUGUGGUGCUGCGGUGAAUGCUGAGUGCACCAGCGGUGAUGAAGAUAGCUCCAGCACGAGCAGUGAUGGCGGCGAUGGCGUCGGGGCAGAUGGGACCGAGGACGAAGAAAGAGGACGGCGAGCAGCGGUUUGCGAGGUGCACACCCGCGCAGGCCAUCCUGGAGUACGGAGAACGCUGUUCUUCGCUCGGCGCGAGAUUUCUCCGAACAUUACGAGGAGAGAGGCGCGUGCUGUCGUGUCCCACUGUGACGCAUGCAGGUCUAUCGACCCAGCACCAGUUAAGUGGAAGCCUGGGAAGCUGGAGGUGAACGAGUCCUGGACUAGGCUGGCGAUUGACGUCACGCACCACCAGCGCAGUCUGUACCUGUCUGUGGUCGACUGCGGUCCUUCGAGGUUCAGACGGACAGAGCUCGGCUACGACACCAGCCGGACAGAUCUACCGGUACUCGGUCAGGGACAGCGUGAGGACAGUCACUGGCACUGGUGGUGA